AUGGCUUCCGACACUUCCCAGUAUAAGCUUAACCAUACUAUGAUCCGGGUCAAGGACCCAAAGAAAUCCCUGGAAUUCUACAAGUUCCUUGGUCUUAGCCAGAUCCAGUAUCUGGACUUCCCCGAAGCCAAAUUCUCCCUCUACUUCCUCGGCUACAACGGCCCCAACUCUUUGCAGGGUGGUGACCGGCACUUCACGGAUCGAAACGCUCUCUUGGAACUCACCCACAACUACGGCACGGAGAGCGAUCCCAACUACAGCGUGGUGAACGGAAACACGGAACCCCACCGCGGCUUCGGACAUAUCGCCAUCUCCGUGGAUAACAUCGAGUCGGCCUGCAAGAGAAUCGAGGAUGCCGGAUACCCGUUCCAGAAGAAACUGACCGAGGGUCGCAUGCGAAGCAUUGCUUUCGCUAAGGAUCCCGAUGGAUACUGGGUCGAGCUCAUCCGCCGUCACGACGAGGAUGUCGGCGCUACCACCGACCCCGGCAACUACCGACUCAACCACACCAUGCUCCGAGUCAAGUCCGCGGAGACCAGCUUGAAGUUCUACCAGGAGGUCAUGGGCAUGACUCUGCUGCGGACUUCCGAGAACAAGGAGGCCGGCUUCAACCUGUACUUCUUGGGAUACCCCAAGUCCAACCCGCAGGUGCAGGAGAACGCCAAGAACCCGGUGGCCGAGUGGGAGGGUCUGCUCGAGUUGACCUGGAACUAUGGCACCGAGAACCAGGAGGGCCAGGUCUACCACAACGGCAACACCGAGCCCCAGGGAUUCGGACAUAUCUGCGUGUCUGUCGACGACCUCAACGCCGCCUGCGAUCGGUUCGAGUCGCUGAAUGUCAACUGGAAGAAGCGCUUGACGGACGGACGCAUGAGAAAUGUGGCCUUUGUGCUGGAUCCCGACAACUACUGGGUUGAGGUGGUGCAGAACGAGGCGCUCAAGCGCACCAGCGACUGGUGA